CUGUCUUUCCCAGGAAACUAGCAGAUAGCACCAGGACUGCUCUGGGACUGCCCCUAGGGACUCUAGUUACUAUUGGCUAGAAGCGGGGACUUAUGCUAAGGAGGGGAGUGACCUCGAGAGAGUUCCAGAGUCUUCUGGAGGUCUGGGCUCGGGAAACCACAUGGCACCCACUUUCUACCACCAUCUGCCAGUGCCCAUGGAGAAGGAGCAGGGACUGGACAACCGCCGGCGGUGGCUGGUGGCCGCAGCCUUGGCGGUCCUGAUUCAAGCGGUCUUGGUUAUCUUGCUCAUCAUCUUCGCCCUCAGGGCGAACAGCGAGGCCUGCUGGGACGGACUGCGGAUGCAGGAAGAGUGCCACAACACCACACACCUGCUGCAGCAUCAGCUCACCCGCGCCCAGGAUAACCUGGUACAGGCAGAGGCACAGGCAGGCACCUGCAACCAGACCGUGGUGACCCUUCAAGAUUCCCUGGAGAAGAAGGCAUCUCAGGUCCAGGAGCAGCAGGCUCAGAUCCAGGAGCAGCAAGCCCACAUCCAGGAGCUUGAGAGCAGAGUCGAGAAGUUGAACCAGGAGCUGGAGAAGCUGAGGGCCACAGAGGAAGCUUCUAGCACACUGCAGCAGAAUUCUGCCAGGUCGGUGGUGGUCUCCAGCCUACUGAUGCUCGCAAUGCCACUAUUCCUGCUCUUUUGAGGACCCAAUAGCUGAGAGGCCACAGCCUGUUUUGAUGCAGAUGCAGUUGCACCUCUUUGAGGUGACUGGGGGAUCCUGGUGGCUCUGGAGGAGUCAUGGCAGCCGGAGGAUGUAGAAGCCACUGAGUGGAACCUGUACUGUACCUUCCUCCCCGCCUUAUGACUGUCGAGGGUGAGAGAGCCACCGUGAUGAGCUUUCAUGGUUAUUGGGGAGGGGGUCACUUGUUUGUGAUGUCUUUGAGCUCUGGGAAAUUAAAUAAUUUGGAAAGAAAAAAA